GGAAGUUUCAGUAGGCCAGAAGGCGACUGCCCUUCUCCUUAAGUUUUAUUGCAAGGUCUCAAGUAAGUCAAGCAAUCCGCUCAGGACGAGCCAUCCAACCUAUCUUUAGCCACUGCGAGCAAGUGAAUGGAGAGCCUGACUUAUCUUCACUGCUGUCAUCGAGGCUGCCAGUAUUUUUAGGGGACAGCAGCAGCUGCAAAAGCAUUUAACGGUCUUCUACGAACAAUGACACUAGGGGUGUCUCAGGACUAAACGCCACAGAGAUUGUGGGACGGCUGGAGCGUUCAAGGGAAAGCUGUGUGAUAAGGCUAAAAUCAUCUUUAAAUGAGGCAUGUAAAAGCUUCGGCAAAAUGGGCAGGUGACACCGACUAGAUGUUAAUGAAGAGGACAUAUCACAACAAACUACCUGGAAAAGGAUUAUUCUUUUUUUAAAAAAAACCUACCACUGGAAGUGAGGGCCAGCGAAGCAGGAGAAGCUGGUUGCUACGGAAUGUAUAUUGACAGUUGUCUCUAAGGACUGAAGAGAGAGACUUGAUAAACAGCUGGACAGCAAAAUUCUUCCAGAGUAAUAUAGAGACUGAAUGCCUGUGGCCUGUCAAUCUGAGUGGAGGUUGGCAAGUGAGCAGGGAUGGAUGUGUUUGGUGGAGCACCACGGUUUCUGGCCUACCCUCGUCCUGUGGUAGUACAGAGUGGUACAGAUGCAGUUCUGAAAUGCCAGAUUGGCGGGGAUCCCAGACCAGCAGUUAUAUGGGAGAGAAACAAUGAGAAGAUUCAUCCGGAGGGCAGAUACCGGGUGUUUGAGGAUGGCAAUGUCUACAACCUUAUCAUAACAUCUGUGACAAUGGAGGACAGUGGGCAAUACAUCUGCAAGGCUAAGAACUGCAUUGGAGAGACUUACGCAGCAGCUACGUUGAAAGUAGAAGGUGAAGCACAAGAGAUGGAAUUUCGGGAAGAAAACAAGCCCCGCUUCCUCAUCAAGCCCCUCUCGACUAGAGUCGGACGAGGAGAGGAUGCCGUGUUCUCCUGUAAGCUGUGGGGAAACCCUAGACCGGAAGUGAUGUGGGAGAAGGAUGGCAAGAAGUUGAACGAGAUCUUUGAAAGCACACAUUUCGCCAUCAGCUAUCAAGAUGGAGGGUGGUUCCAGCUAAAGAUUUUCAAGACAAGAGCACCAGAUGGAGGAGUGUACACGUGUAAGGCUAGGAAUGAAUUUGGAGAGAGUCUGGCAGGGGCGGUGUUGUUGGUGGAUGCCGGUCCAGGGCAUGAAGAUGAAGGGAACCGUAAUGGAUACACUAAUGGCCACUGGAAAGCACAUCAGGGAAAACAGAGAAGCGGUAGGCAGGUUGCGACAAGGAUGAAAGAUGCCCCGCUGCCAAACUCAGCCAAAGUGAAAAUGUUUGCGGUGACAGAAGGAAAGCAUGCCAAGUUUCGCUGCUAUGUAACAGGGAAGCCAAAACCAGAAAUAUUAUGGAGGAAAGAUGGGAGACUCAUCUUGUCUGGUAGACGGUAUCUUUUGUAUGAAGACAGAGAGGGUUACUUCACACUUAAAGUUCUCUACUGCAAACAACAGGACAAUGGAGUUUACGUCUGUUCUGCUUCAAACACUGCAGGGCAAACCCUGAGUGCCGUACACCUUAUCGUCAAAGAGCCGCCUGUCCGAUUUAAGCAACCACUGAAUGACUUGCAAGUAUGGGAGAGAGACUUGGCUGUUCUUGAGUGUGAAGUUCCUGAGGACUCUGUUCCAAUCACGUGGUACUUAGAAGACAGACGACUACAGCCUGGAGCCAAAUAUGGGAUGGAGGAGUGGGGGACAAAGCGGCGACUCACAAUUCGUGAUAUUGGGGUUGAUGACGAUGGGAUAUAUCUCUGUGAGAUGGCUGAUGGGGGCAGAAGCAUUGCUGAGGUAGCAGUCAAAGGUACCAUUGUAAGAAAGCUGCCACGAAAAGUUGAUGUCCUGGAGGGGGAAAAUGCAGCGUUCUGUGUGGAAGUGGAGGAGGAGGAAAUGGACAUUCAUUGGUACAAAGAUGGAACAGAGCUAAGGGAGACCCAUCAGACCAUUCUCAAAUCCUUUGGAAGGACACACAUCUUGGUUUUUGUCAACACCACACCACAAGACUCUGGUAUGGUCAUGUUCUACGUGGGUAGAUCGAAGACGUCAUCUCAGCUAAGGGUGAAAGCUGCAAGGCACUGUCCACCAAGCUGUCCUAUUGGGGUACAGAUAAACACAGAACGAGCGAAUGCAGCUCUCCUUUCCUGGUUUCCAGCACAAGACUCUCGAAAGAACCCACCUUCAGGUUAUAUUAUUGAGAGACAAGAGGUUGGCUCACAAGAGUGGCUGCAAUGUUUGACCACAGACUCUGCAACCUCAGUGGAGAUUCUUGGCGACAGCGUUCCAUGUGAGGCAGACUACAGAUUUCGGAUAUGCAGUGUCAACAAAUACGGAAGAAGUGGAAAUGUAGAGUUCCCUCGAGCAGUUCACCUUGUUCCAGUAGCCAGAAUCCAAGCACCUCUACAAGAUGCCUUAGUACCAGAGGGCCAGGAUGCCUGCUUUACCAUUGAGCUUUCUGCCUCAGUUAUAGGCACUUGGUUCUUAAAUGGAAAUCAGCUUCAAGACGAUGAACGCUUCUCCAUAAGGCGUUCACGUACACACCAGUCCCUACGCAUUCGUGGGGUACGGGACGCAGACAACGGAGCAGAGAUCACCUUCAUUGCCUACGGAAUUCGAGAUUCUGCUGCUUUGUAUAUACAAGCCCCACUGGUAAAAUUCACUCCACUUUCUGAAAUGGAUCGAAACAAAUUUGUGGAGGUUGGCAACCCUAUCGUGCUCUACUGUGAGCUGUCAGACCCUGAGGCUCCAGUUCGUUGGUAUAAGAAUGGCGUUGAGCUUCAAUCAAUGGAAGGUCUCCACAUCCAAUCAGAAGGAACAAUGAGGAGGAUUGUCAUCCAAUCAGCUGAUUUCUCCCACUCAGGAGUUUACAGUUGUGACGCCAUUGAUGACGUCAUCAGGUUUAACGUGGAGGUUGAGGCCCCACCAGUGAGGUUCUCAGUUCUUCCGGAGGAUGAGAGGAACAAGUCAGUUGAAGCAGGCUCAGCGAUAGCACUGCAAUGUGAGCUCUCAGAUCCACUCGCCCAGGUCUCCUGGUAUAAAGAUGGUGUGAAACUUCUACCACAAAGUGGACUAGACUUCGAAUCCAAAGGCACAAAGAGGCAAUUGAUUGUCCAGUCAGCUGAAUUUUACCACUCAGGAGUGUACAGCUGCAAGACAAGGGGUGAUGCUGUCCACUUCAGUGUGGAUGUUAAAGCCCCACCUGUGAGGUUCUCUGCUGUCCCUGAGGAUAAGCGGAGAAAGUGCAUUGAAGCAGGAUGCCCCAUUGUUCUGCAGUGCGAGGUUUCAGACUCUACUGCACAGGUCCAGUGGUACAAAGAUGGAGAUCAGCUCCUUGUAGAAUCUGGAGUAGACUUCAGUUCAGAGGACUGCAUGAGAACACUCAGUAUUCAAUCAGCACACCCGUCUCACGCCGGUGUGUACUGCUGCACAACAAAGGAUGAUGUCAUCAAGUUUCAAGUGGAGAUAAGAGCUAACCCGGUGAGGUUCUCAGCUGUUCCUGAAGCUGAGAAGAAUAAAUGCAUUGAAGCUGGUGGCACCUUUGAACUCUACUGUAAGAUCUCAGACCCUACGGCCCAGGUCAGCUGGUACCACAACGAUUCGCAGCUUCAGCCAGAGACUGGUUUGGAUAUUCAGUCAGAGGGAGAUGUAAGGACACUGGUAGUCAAUCCAGCUGAGCUCAUUCAUUCUGGAUUAUACCGCUGCGAAUCAUCUGACGACUCUGUCCAGUUCAGUGUGGAUAUCAAAGACUCACCGGUGAUGUUCUCAGCAUUACCAGACACUGAGAAGAACCAGCUGGUUGAAGCAGACUACCCCACUGAUUUGCACGGUGAGAUCUCAGAUCCAAAUGCCAAUGUGUGUUGUUACAAGGAUGGUGUAGAGCUCGUCUCAAAAAGUCAGCCACAUAUCAAAUCGGAGUGUACCAGGAGGACGUUAGCUGUCAAGACAGCACAGCCCUCCAACUCUGGAUGGUACGACUGUGUGAGAACGGGUGAUGUCAUCCAGUUUAAUGUACAAGACCAAGUGCCACCACCAACAUUUUCGGCUGAUCCUGAAGAUGAGAAGACCAAAUGCACUGAAGAACUGGAACCCGUUGCACUACAUUAUGAAAUUUCAGAUACCACUCCGUACGUCAGCGACACAGAAGAUGAGAAGGUCAUGCUUUCUCAAUCUGAGCCUGAACCUGAAUUUAGAUUGGAACCUGAAUCCAAAUCUGAAUUCGAACCUGAAUCUAAACCUGAAGUUCAUUCAGACGCAUCCACAGGAACUGUAAUCGUCCACGCACCCGAGACAUCUCUUUUUGAAGCAAACGACCGAAAGACACCAGAUGACCCCAUCCCGUUUAAAAUGGACCAAGCAGAACUGUCUCACUAUGAGGUGUUCAGUGGUGAGACCUAUGAUGACUCUGUCCAGUGCACUGUGGAUAUAAAAGAAGAGCUCCUGAGAACAUCAGGAACCGAGGCUGAGAUCAUACCUGAAAAAGAGAACAAUCUCACCGUGGAAAGAUCUGGAGUUGGGAUUCAGUGGGAUACUCCAGCGUAUAUGCUUACAACCUUCAGACUGAUUGAAGAGGAACAACAGCCACAACCAAUGCUACAACCACAAUUACAACCGAAGUUACAGCCAGAGCUACAACCACAACUACAACCAAAGUUACAGCCAGAGCUACAACCAAAGUUACAGCCAGAGCUACAACCACAACUACAACCAAAGUUACAGCAAGAGCUACAACCACAACUACAACCGAAGUUGCAGCCAGAGCUACAACCACAACUACAACCGAAGUUACAGCCAGAGCUACAACCACAACUACAACCAAAGUUACAGCUAGAGCUUCAACCAAAGUUACAGCCAGAGCUUCAACCAAAGUUACAGCCAGAGCUACAACCAAAGUUACAGCCAGAGCUACAACCACAACUACAACCAAAGUUACAGCCAGAGCUUCAACCAAAGUUACAGCCAGAGCUUCAACCAAAGUUACAGCCAGAGCUACAACCAAAGUUACAGCCAGAGCUACAACCACAACUACAACCAAUGCUACAGCCACAGCUAAUGCUACAACCACAAAUACAAGAAAUGCUACUACCACAGCUACAACCAAUACUACAACCACAGCUACAACUAAAACCACAGCUACAAAAACUGCUACAACCACAGCUGAAACCAUCAAACCAGACAAAUGCUUCAGUUUGCGAAGAUGAAGGCUCAAAUUGCAUCACAAUACAAGACAGUGGCAUGGAUCAAGAUGUCUUAGCUUUUAAGGUGGAUGUUGAAGCUUCGAGGACAUAUUCCACACCAUUUGGUGGAAUGGAUGAGAGCAUUGAUGCAGACUGUUCCAGUGUACCUCUAACUACGAAUUCUGACCACACAAUCCAAGAAAAACCUAUUUCCUGCCAAGAAGAUGAGACGGAAAUAUUCAAUAAACCUACAACACAGAAAGAGCUCAUCCAGCCAUCAGAGAUGUGUCUGCAAGAGGCAUAUGAGAUUGUUAACAAGGAUGAAUUUGUUGUACAUCAAGAGGAAGCGAAAGAACUGGGUCAUAAAGCAGAAUUCUUUACAUUACCGCCGGAAGAUGAAGUUGUCAGAGCCAUUGAAGGUGAUUCUCCAGUUCACCGUUACAAGGACGGAAUACAGUUCUACUCUGAAAAUGGAUAUACGCUUGAAUCAGAGGAAAGCGUGCAAAGACUGAAUGUUCCAGUUGUAAGCUCGGGUCAAUCAGGCGUAUACAAGUACAAGGCAAAGGAUGAUGACAUAAUAUUUAAGCUACAUCUUUGCAAACUUCAACUAUCCACGAGCCUUGACGGAAGCAAGUCAAAUGAUGAAACAGGCAUUGCAAAUUUUCCACGACCUGAGGUAUCAAGCACAAUGGCAGAGGUGUGCUGGUACAAGGAAGGUGAGGAACUCCAAGAAUGGGACACUAUCAGCCAAUCUAAGGAGACAUUCAGAGCUCUUGUUGUGAAAACAGCUGAGCCGUCUCACUCUGGAGAACAUGCUUGUGAGACAGAUGAUGUCACCGUCCAGUUGGCAGUGGACCUACCAGCUCCACCAGUGACGUUCUCCAGUGUCCCUGAGGCUCAACGGACCAUAUGCAUUGAGUCAGGAAGACCUUUUAAACUACAAUGUCAAGUAUCAGACCCUGAUGCACAAGUCUGGUGGUACAAAGAUGGGAAUGAGGUGCUUCGUCAAGAUGGCAUGGUUACUGGUUAUGAGGAAGCAAUGAAAACACUCUCUGUGCAAAGUGCUGAAUUAUGUCACAGCGGAACAUACAGCUGCCAGACAAACAAUGACGCCAUCUCAUUCCAUGUGGAAAUCAAAGCUCCAUCACUGAAGUUCAUUCCAAUUUCAGAAGUGGAGAAGAACAAGUCCACUGAGGUAGACUCACCAAAUGUUCUGAAAUGUGAUCUAUCAGACGCUACCACUGAGGUGCUCUGGUGCAAAGAUGCUAGAGAGCUGGCCCCAAACUCUGGGCUCAAUUUCCAAACAGACGAAAAUAUGAGGAAACUAACUGUUCAAUCAGCAGAACUGUCUGAUACUGGAAACAACACCUGUCAUGCUCCAGGUGAUACCGUAUCAUUCAAGGUGGACGUUGAAGCACAUCCUGUUAGGUUCUCAGCACUCCCAGAAAUUGCAAGGAACAAGUUUAUUGAAGCAGGCUGUCCCAUUAUACUUCAGUGUGAAAUCUCAGACCCUACUGCCCAAGUUUCCUGGCUCAAAGAUGGAGUCGAACUCCAACAAGACAGUGGACUUGACAUCCAAUCAGAGAGCACUAUGAGGAAAAUGAUCAUCCAAUCGGCUGAGGUCAAACACUCAGGCGUGUACAGCUGUGAGGCUGUGGAUGAUCGCAUAGCAUUCAAGGUGGAUGUUGCAGCUCCACCAGUGAUGUUCUCAGCUGUUCCUGAGAUUGAGAAGAACAAGUCCGUUGAAGCAGGCUGGCCAAUCAUUCUCCAAUGUGAGAUAUCUGAUCCCACAGCCCUGGUCCAAUGGUACAAGGAUGGAUUACAGCUCCUACCUCAAUCUGGGGUUGACAUCCAAUCACAGCACACCAUGAGGACACUGGUUAUCCAAUCAGCAAAUGUAUCCCACUCUGGGUUUUACAGUUGUAAUACUGCUGAUGAUAUCAGCGAAUUUUUUGUGGAUGUUAAAGCACCUCCUGUGACAUUUGCCUACAUAUCAGAAGAUGAUCUGCACAGAAAUAUUGUGGAACAAGACAAUCUACUCCUUUGCUGUCAAGUGUCCAGGUCAGAUGCUAUUGUACAAUGGUACAAGGAUGGAGUAGAGCUAAAGCCUAGUGACAAUGUCCUCAUAGAAGCAGAAAACACUUUACGAAGGCUGAUCGUCCUGUCAGCUCAACUCUCAGAUUCUGGGACGUACACCUGUCGUGCUGGAGAUAGCGCUUUAAUAUUUAAGGUUAACGUAAGAGAACCUCCAGUGAUGAUUGUAUAUCCCAAGGAAGACGUCCACCUUGACCGCUAUGUUCCCGAAGAAAUUGUCCUCAGUUGUGAACUUUCACGGCCAAAUGGAAAAGUGACAUGGUUCAAGGAUGGACAGAAACUACGGGAGAGCGAAAACAUAAAGCUGAAGACAGAGGGUCCAUACAGACGGCUAAAAAUUCUGCGCAGUGGUAUUGAGGACUCUGGAGAAUAUGUCUGUGACACAGCUGAUGAUUCAAUAUUCUUCAAUCUGAACAUAAAAGAACCACCAGUGCGCAUAGUUUCUCCAAGCCAGUCCCAAAUGGAGCUUUGCCAACAGACUUCUGAAAGGAUGGUCCUGAGCUGUGAAAUCUCUAGACCAAAUGCCACUGUACGGUGGUAUCGAGAUGGACUUGAAGUGGAGGAGAGCGACAGCCUAAUUCUUGAGGUUGAUGGUGUUUAUAGGAGACUCAUUAUCCCAAAACCUACCGUCAAAGAUUCUGCAGAAUAUGUCUGUGACACCGCUGAUGACUCGGUGACCUUCUUUGUAAACAUUGCAGAGCCACCAGUUCGAUUUAUCAGGCCAAGGAAAAUGGCCUAUGGAGUAGAGAAACUUGUUGGAGACACUGUGGUUCUUGAAUGUGAAGUGUCACGACAAAAUGCUGAAGUUAGUUGGAAGAAGGACGGAGAAGAGAUUGAGGAGAACAGCAACAUAACUAUCACAGAGGAUGGCACGAGUCGACAGUUAACCAUUCACUCUGCGGCUUUUGAAGACGCAGGGCAAUAUGUCUGUGAUGCUAGAGAUGAUGUAAUGGAUUUCCUAGUGAAAAUCAAAGAUCCACCACUAAAAAUUCUGCGGAAAGAUGACAUAGAAACAAAACGCAGAUUUCUAGUAUCUGAUGCCAUUGUGUUAAAAUGUGAAAUCUCAAGAGCAAAUGGGGUGGUCAGUUGGCUUAAAGACAAUGAGAAGAUUGAGGGAAAUGACCAUUUCAUUUGUGAAGAGGAAGGGACAUUCAGAUCUCUGAUUGUCCUCAGUGCUGAGUUAAAGGACUCAGGGGAAUACAUUUGUGAUGCACAAGAUGAUAAAGUUGUCUUCAGUGUUACUGUAGAAGAGGCUCCAGUGUCCAUUGUUGGAAAUUCAGAGAAGCCAGAACACCACAUGUUAAUGACAGGAGAUGAGCUUAUCCUGGAAUGUGAGGUAUCGCGAGUAAAUGCUAUAGUCCAUUGGUACUGCAAUGGAAGUUUACUACAAGAGGAUUCACGCACACACAUUGAAAGCAGAGACACAAUGAGGAAGCUUGUGAUAUCAGCACUUCAGACAUCUGACUCUGGAGAGUAUCUCUGUGAUGCCAUUGAUGACAAAAUGAUUACUAGGCUAACAGUUCAAGAACCACCAUUCAAAUUUAUCAAAAAAGAUGAAAAAAAUAAUAUUUCAGCCUAUGAAGAAGACAGUGUGACACUACGUGCCACUGUUAACAGGGUAAAUGCCCCAGUGAAAUGGCAGAGGGGUCAUGAUCCAAUCAGAGGUGAUCGUUUCCACACAACAAGUGAUGGUAACACCCACUACCUCACUAUUAACCCACUUAAGAGAAGUGAUACUGGAGAGUACAUGUGUCACGUGGGAUCUGACAAGAUGCACUUCAGCAUCCAAGUUAAAGCAAUGAAGGUGAAAUUCUCCAAACCACUUGAGAACGUAGUGGGACUCAAAGGUAGUGAUGUGGUUUUAAAAUGUGAACUGUACAAGUCAAAAGGGGAUGUUCAAUGGCUUAAGGGCAGCAAAGAGAUUGCGCCAAACAGACAUUUUACAAUCAGAGCUGAGGGUCGAGUGAGAAGCCUGACAAUACAUGAUGUCACAGAAGAUGAUGCAGGAGAUUAUGCUUGUGAAUCUAAAGAUGAAAGGACAUCAGCUACUGUAGUGGUCAACAUUCCUCGCAUUGUGGAGUUCAUUGCAGAGCUACACAACAUAACUGUCAUGGAAGGAGAAGACGCAACAUUUAAGUGUGUGGUAUCUCCAGAGGAUGCAAAGUUGGCUUGGUUUAGGAACGGCCAGCCAAUUUCAUCCAAUGCAAAGUUCAACAUCUCAAGUAAUGGAUUAUGCCAUAUGCUGCAUAUCAACAACUGCCAAGUCUCAGAUAGCUGCAAGCUGACAGCCGAGGCUGAAGGUGUGAUAUCAAGAGCUAUCCUUCAGGUCCAAGAGGCACAGGUGCUUUUCACAAAGUGCAUGGACCCGGUGGUUGCAGAGGAGUUUGGUGAGGCAACGCUUGAGGUGGAGGUCAGCCAUGAGACUGCAGAGGUGCAGUGGAUGAGACAAGGAGUGGUUAUACAUCCAGGGUCCAAAUUCACCCUGAAGCAGAACGGCCAAAAACGUUCUCUCACAAUCCACAAGCUCACCCUUUCAGACCGGGGCACCUACAGCUGUGAAACGCUUCAUGACCGAACACAAGCCAAGCUCACUGUGGAACCACGAAAAAUCAAGAUUCGGAAAGAUCUAACUGAGAUCCAGACUUUCGAACGAGAGACGGCUUCUUUCGAGGUGGAGCUGUCGCAUAGCAAUGUGGAUGGUGUAUGGCAGAAGGAUGGGCACGUUCUCAAAAACAACAACCGUUUGCGUAUGACUGCAAAAGGACGAGUACACAGCCUAACCAUCUCCAACCUGACCUUGGAUGACACGGGCACCUUCACAUUCUCUGUUGACAACGUCAGAUCAAUAGCAAGACUGGAAGUUAAAGAAAUUCCAGUAUCAAUUCUGAAAAAGCUUGAGGAUAUCAGGCAACCAGAGGGAUCUGGUAUAACCCUUGAAUGUGAGCUCUCACGCCACAACGUGGACGUAAAGUGGACAAAGAAUAAUGUUCAGCUUAAACCAGGAAAAAAUCAUCGCGUUUACUCGAUGGGAAGAAAGUGCUUUCUACAGAUACUUAAGUGUGAGCUUGGAGACUCUGGUUUAUAUGUGUGUGAUGCUGGGGAUGCCAGAACAUCCUGUUCAGUGGAUAUCUAUGAGAGGGAGCUUGAGAUACUACAAAGCUUAGAGGAUCUGGAUAUUCAAGAAGGUCAGAAUGCAGUGUUCAUGUGUGAAGUGUCCCUGGAUGAUGUGCCCGGAGAGUGGUUUAAGAAUGGCGAGAAGAUAAAACCAACCAGCACCAUUAAGAUCCGUCAGGAAGGGAAAAAGCACUUCCUCCUCAUAUGCAAUGUUAAAGAAGACGAUUCUGGAGAGAUCAAGUUUGUUGCCAAGAAUGUUGAGACUACAGCUUACCUUGAGGUGGAAGCACUACCAGCAAAUAUUGUGAAACCACUUCAGGACAAGACCGCUCUGGAAAAAACCCGCGUCAUACUAGACUGCACUGUGACCAAUCCCCGUUGCAGCAUUCGCUGGUAUAAAGGCCCGAAUGUGAUCCUACCCUCAGAGCGCUUUGAGAUCUGCAGUGAAGGGUGCUAUCGAAAACUUGUGAUUCAGCAGGUGUUGCUAGAGGAUGAGGGCACCUACAGUGUCCAAGUUGGAAAUUACACAUCUUCAGCUAAACUAACCGUUGAAGCUCAGUCAAUCCUGAUGGUGCGGGAGCUGCAGGAUGUAGAUAUAACAGCUCCUGCAGAUGCAUGCUUUGAAUGUGAAGUCUCUUUGCCUGUGGCCAAGGCACCUACCUGGACCCUGAAUGGGGAGACGCUGCACCCUGGUCCUAAAGUUGUGGUGGAGAAAAUGGGAACGGUUCAUAGGCUCACUCUCAAACAAACAUCUGAAGACAUGAGCGGCACAGUGUGCUUUAUCAUAGGGAGAGCCAAAAGCACUGCGCAAUUGCAAGUCAAAAGUAACCACUGAGAAACAACACAUAAGCACUUACAGUGCAAAAUACUCAACGAAAAAAAGAAAUGAUGAAACUACUAACUCUGUCUGAAAGUGAGAGGUCUAUUAUUUAUUUGAAAUGCAAAUUUGAAAUAGCUUUUAUGCUAUGUUUUACACAUUAUAUCCUGCUCUACAUGGUUUACCAUCCAUUACAAAAGAAUUCUUAAGUUUUUAUAAAUUUAUGAUCAAACACAUAAUAUAAACACAUUAUUAAAAUAAAGUACACCAGGCCAGACACUCAGACAUGUAAUUCACCCAUAUUGUUACGACUUACAUUUCUUGCACAGUAAUUUGGUAUUUAAUUUUGAAAUUUGUGUACUACUGUAUAUCCUUGUAUAGAUAUCCAUUGUGUUGUUUUUUAAUUCUUGUUUUGUGGGAUGCAGAUUAAAGUGAGGUUAAGGCAUGUAAUAAAAAUGUGCAGGGCCAAAGAUGAUCAAAAAGAGGGCUUGGGACGGAAAGUAACUUUAGCAUAUAUAACGAAUACACUGAAUUCUUGAAUACAGACGUUUUACAAAGUAGGAAAACAUUUACAAAUAAAUGUAAAUGGUUUGAGAGUUUUAGCUGUUUGCUUCUGUUGUAAUCAGAAGGUACGUCACAAUUCUUGCCUUUUACUGAAAUAUCCAAACAAAGUGCUGCAAUUUUUCCUUGUUUAUCAAUAUCUUUCAAUAAAAGUUGAAAACGAA